AUGAGCGUGUAUCUAGAGAGCCCUAACCCGCAAGAAAGGCCUCGCCCCGUAGAACGAUACGAGGAAGUGGACAUAUUCGGAGGAAAACGCAUCAAGAUAGGCAAGGAUCUCCCUGCCCCUAUUAGGCAAGAUAUCGUUGCCACCCUUACAGAGUUCCGCGACAUCUUCGCUAUUUCCACGGAAGAGAUGCCUGGCAUCCCUACAAACGUCAUGUGCCAUAAACUCGAUAUAAAACCAGGCUACAAACCCGUGAAGCAAAAGCUGCGACAUCAGGGAAAAGAGCGAAUAGAGGCCGCCCGAGAGGAAGUGGAAAAGUUGCUAAGAGCGGGAUUCAUCAAAGAGUGCAAGUAUUCUGACUGGCUCUCAAACGUCGUCCUCGUGAAAAAAGCAAACGACAAGUGGAGGAUGUGCGUUGACUUCACGGACCUGAAUAAAGCCUGCCCCAAAGACGAUUAUCCUCUUCCAAAGAUCGAUCGUCUGGUUGACUCCACGGCAGGCCACGCUCUACUGAGUUUCAUGGAUGCAAACGCCGGCUACCAUCAGAUCACCUUGGCCAUAGAAGACCAGCCACACACGGCCUUCAUCACAAAUGCCGGAGUAUACUGUUACAAGGUUAUGCCCUUCGGGCUAAAGAAUGCUGGAGCUACCUACCAUAGAAUGGUCAAUAAGGUCUUCCAAUCUCAAAUAGGCCGAAAUUUGGAAGUAUACGUGGAUGAUAUGAUCACUAAAAGCAAACAAGCGUCCCAACAUGCCGCGGACUUACGCGAAACAUUCAACACCCUCCGGAAACUCCAAAUGAGACUCAACCCUGAAAAGUGCGUGUUUGGGAUCACCGGUGGGAAAUGCCUUGGUUUCCUCGUUGACGAAAGAGAAAUAAAAGCUAACCCUGAUAAGAUAAAGGCAAUCCGGGACAUGAAGUCCCCAAGAUUUGUGAAAAAAGUUCAAAAGCUAACAGGAUGCAUAGCUGCCUUGGGGAGGUUUUUGUCCAAGUCCGCUGAUAGAUGUUCGCCCUUCUUCAAAACCCUUAAGCAGAGCAAGUUCGAAUGGACAAAAGAAGCCGAGGAAUCCUUCCAGCAGUUGAAAGAGCAUUUGUCUUCUUUGCUGAAACUAGUCUCGCCAUACAACGGGGAGAAACUGGUCUUAUAUGUCUCGGUCUCCGAAUACUCCUUGUCAGGAGUAUUGAUCGCCGAAAGAGAGAAGAAGCAAUUCCCCAUAUACUAUGUGAGUCAUGCCUUUCGAGGAUCUGAAGGAAACUACAGCGAAGUUGAAAAAGUCUUAUUUGCAAUCGUGAUGGCGAGCAGGAAACUGAAACCUUACUUCCAAUCCUAUCAGAUCGUCGUCAGAUCCAGCCAACUCUUGAAAAAGAUUCUGGAAGGAAAGAAUAAAUCCAGCCGUGUCACGGAUUGGGCUAAUCAACUUGCGGAUUUCGGCAUCGAAUACGAACCACAAACGGCGAUCAAAGCACAAGCCUUGGCGGAUUUCAUCGCCGAAAGUACUGUCCCCCAACUUCUUGAGCCUAAUCAAGAAUGGAAGUUGUACGUAGAUGGGUCCUCAACGCAAUCAGCAAGUGGGGCUGGUCUCCUCAUUGUGUCUUCCGCUGGGGUCCGUAUAGAAAGGGCGGUCAGAUUCGAGUUCGCGGCAUCCAACAAUGAGGCAGAAUAUGAAGCAUUACUGAUGGGAUUGAAAAUCUGCUACGAGGCGGGAGCCAAAGUACUGUCCGCGUUUUCUGACUCCCAACUAAUAGUUGGACAAGUCAAUGGGGAAUUUGAAGCCAAAGAUGACAGCAUGAAAAUGUACUUGCAGCAAGUAAAAGGGUUUGUUCAAAAAUUCGACAAGUUCACGUUAAUCCACAUCCCGAGAUCCCAAAAUGCACAGGUCGAUUCUCUGGCGAAACUCGCCAGCUCAGCAGAAACAUCCGCGGCUCGUGACAUAAUCUGGGAAGUGCUUCCAAACCCCAGUAUCAACCACAUGGUCAACACCAUUGACAGGUCAGAAACGUGGAUGGAACCCUACAUCGAAUUUUUGCAAAACCAGACGCUUCCCCAGGAUGGAAAUCAAGCAAAAGUGCUCCAGAGGAAGGCUAGAUGGUUUGAACUCUACGAGGGAACACUCUACAAAAAGUCAUACACUCAUCCCCUCUUAAAAUGUGUUUCCCCUGAAGAAGAAAAUUACAUCCUUCGCGAAGUACACGAAGGCGGAUGCGGUAUACAUCAGGGCGUACGAACUGUCAUUGGAAAAGUACUCCGAAGCGGAUAUUAUUGGCCUUCACUGCGUGAAGACGCGGAAAAAUUGAUCAAGCGAUGUCCCGAAUGUCAGUACCACUCAAAGAUAGGAAGGAAGCCCUCAAAUUACUUGACCGUCAUGCAAGCCGUUCUGCCUUUCGACAAGUGGGGCAUGGAUCUCCUUGGCCCCUUUCUCCCCGCAAAGGGGCAACGGAAGUUUAUCAUUGUGGCCAUUGAUUAUUUCACCAAGUACGUAGAAGCAGAAGCCCUUAGCUCAAUCACAGACAAGCAAGUCUGUCAGUUUAUAUGGCGAAAUAUCAUCACAAGAUACGGUAUUCCUCGUGUGAUCAUCACGGACAAUGGGAGACAGUUUAUGAGUACAAACACAACACAAUACCUUGAUAAGUUUGGUAUUCAAAUCCGUUUCAGCUCCGUAUCUCGGCCACAAACCAAUGGGCAAGUCGAAUCAGCAAACAAAGAGAUCCUAAACGGUAUCAAAAAGAAGAUAGAAGGACUUAAGGGUACUUGGGAUGAAGAACUACCCGGAAUCCUGUGGGCAAGUCGAACAACCGUCAAAGAAGCAACGGGGCAUACCCCAUUCUCUCUGGUAUACAAAUCUGAAGCAGUGCUUCUAGUAGAGAUAGGCAUACCCUCCCCAAAGGUCACCUACUACUCACACGACGAGAACGAACAGAGGAAAAGGGAGAACCUAGAUCUACUUCCAGAAACACGGGGGAACGCAUUAUUAAGGUCCAUGGCCUAA